UUCCAGACGUACCUAACGACUCCACUACACAUCUGCACCGCACCCCUCACCGCCAAGUCAAGAGCCCACAAGAUAAGAUAAGAUAAGAUAAUUUAUUUGCAAGAAAGUUGGUACAGUAAGAUUGAAAUUUAUGAUUAGAGGCCUUAACUUUCUACUAAAUUAUUAGUGUGCAAAUAUUUAAGAUAACAAAAUAAAUUAAAUUAAAUUAAUGUCAACAAAAUUGGGAAUCAAUUGCAUUACUUCAAAUUCCAUAAAAAUCAGGAAAUAGAUAUUACAAUAGAAAGAGACAAAACAAAGUGACAAAAUAUUAUACUAUGCUAUUGAUAUCAUCCUUAAAAAAAAACUCAUUUACCGAGUAAUAGCACCUACUCAACAAGGUUUUGAAAAGUUUAGAUUUAAAAUGGCAUAAAUUGAGUUUUUUUUUAAAGCGUUCCGGUAGCUUAUUGUACACUCGUAUGGCCAUGCGCCCACAGACACAAUAGACUCCAAGAUAAUUUCACUGUGAACAUCACAUAAAAAAAAUAAUAGCAUCACACAUUUAUCAUAAGUAUACAUCCAAUACCCUACGCUUUAUCAAAACAUCAUGAUAUAGUAUCAUAAUUGUAUUACUGAAACCAUAGUAGGUAAUCGUUAAUCAUUUCAUCAAAUAUCAAAUCGUCUAGAAACAUCUAAGCACCCUAAUAUACCAUCACAAUCGUAGUACUGAAAUCAAAGUAAUAGUGUUAUCAUUUUAUGAAAUAUUAAAUCAUCUUUCUUACAAAUAUCUAAGCAUCAUAAUAUAGUAUCACAAUCCUAGUACUGAAAUCAAAGUAAUCGUUAUUCAUCAAAAAAAGGCACAAAAUAUCAAAACAUUUCAUUCAUAAUAUAGUAUCAAAAUAUCAAAAUCAAAGUAAUCGUUUAGUCACAUAACGUCCACUAUCAUCACACAGAAAUAUCUAAACAUCAAAUAUAGUAUCGUAAUCGUAGUUAAUACUGAAAUCAAAUUUAAUCACUUAAAUCAUGGUCUGAAUAAAUUACUACUAUUACUUACAAAUAAAUGGACUCUUUUAUCGAGCCGGUCUCAUCUUUUCAGAAUCACUUUGAUUACUCGAGAUUGUGUUCCAUGUGAUGCUACAAGAUCAACAUAGGUAGGGGAGCCCGGGUAGACUUUGGACACGGGGAGACAACGGACACCUUUAAAUUUACCGCUAUAUUAAUGUGAGAACAAAGUUGUCUGUGGUCAAUAUGUUGGCAUUACUGCUUUUAUUGUUUUGAACUAGUCGUUUGACAGUUCGCUACGCAAAAUAAGUUGGGAGAGUUAAUAAUUGUUUCUUUGGUGUUCUGAUGUAAAAUUUUUGAUUGUUAGUGAAGUGCUUAUGUGCCAGUUACUACUAUAAAUUGAUAUUUUGCUAAUUUCCUUCGAAGUGAUUGAUUAUCAGGGGGCAUUUGGAAACUUGAUAAAAAUAAAAAGAUGCCCAGAUGCUACAAAAGAAAAACUGACCGUAUAUUUUCACCCGAAGCAUUGAGAGAAGCUAUAAAAGAUGUGCGAAUAAAUAAUUUGAGUAUAAGAAAGAGUGCUGCUAAACAUGGUAUUAGCAAAUCAAGACUUUUUGAUUAUUUUAAAAAGACUAAACAUCAGAAUAUUAUUGAAACUGUUGAUUUAACAACGAAUUUCAGGAAAAGCCAAGUUUUCCCUCCAUCCAUGGAAGCUUCUUUAGCUGAAUAUUUAAUUAAAUGCUCAUCAAUGUUUCAUGGCCUCACACCUAAAGCUACAAGACGCUUAGCUUAUGAAUAUGCAGAAAGAAAUGGUAUUAAAUAUCCACAAAAAUGGAAAGAAUCUAAAUGUGCUGGUCCUGAUUGGUUCUCAUCAUUUUUAAAACGUAACCCUAAUCUUUCAAUACGGACACCUGAAGCUACAAGUCUUGCACGAAUGACAAGUUUUAAUCGAGCAACUGUAGCAGAAUUUCAAAAUAAACUUCAAGAUGUUAUAACAAGAUAUAAUUUCACACCCUCCCAGAUUUAUAACCUUGAUGAAACUGGGAUCACAACAGUGCAGCGUGUUCCAAAAGUCGUUGCUCAGAAAGGGCAGCACCAAGUAGGACAAGUGACCUCUAGAGAAAGAGGAGAGUUGGUAACGCAGGUAGGAAUCAUAAGUGCAGCUGGUCAUGCGUUACCACCGGUUUGGGUAUUUCCUCGCCACCGGUUUGAUAAAAAAAAAAUGAUGCAGGGAAUCCCAGAGACAUCAGGAUUUGGCUUGGCAUACCCUUCUGGCUGGAUGACCAGCCAGAACUUUUUGAAGGUACUAGAAUAUUUUGUUCAGAAUGUACAUUGUUCCAUUGAGAAUAAAGUCUUGUUAAUCAUGGACAACCAUGACUCUCAUUUGUCCAUCGAUGGAUUGGAUUUUUGCAAGACAAAUGGGAUUGUUAUCCUUACGCUACCACCACACACAUCCAACAAGCUUCAACCAUUGGACAGAACUGUGUUUGGGCCAUUUAAGACUUUUUACAAUAGUGGUCUUGAUUCAUGGAUGUUAGCACACCCAGGACAAACUGUUAGUAUUUAUGACAUCCCACAAAUUUGUCUUCAGGCUUGGGAUAGAGCUGCUAAUCCUACAAAUAUAAAAUCUGGAUUUAGAUGUACUGGUAUUUGGCCCUUUGAUAAAAAUAUAUUUACGGAACAAGAUUUUUUAUCAUCUUAUGUGUCAGAUCGACCAGAGAGUCAUCAGUCUUAUAUGCCAGAAACAUCUGAAAAUAAUGAUGAAUGUGUCUCACCUUCACUAAUUGGACAACUUAUUGCAUUAGAUCGACCCAAUGACGAUGACAAUAAUGUACAAACACCAGCAAUUCCUACAGGUGUUAGGACCCCAUCAAGGACUCCAUCAAUUUCCUCAACUCAUAGUGCUGAUCUGAAUAUUGAUUUGCCAUCAACUAGUUCUCAUGUUCCAGGAACAUCUAAAACUCUUAAUAAAGUAGGAGAAGUAGGAAUUGGAAAAAAAAUCGCAACUUCAAGUUGUCAAAAGUCCACUGAUUCAUACGUUUCCCUGCAGCAAAUCAGUCCUUUUCCUAAAGCAGCUCCACGGAAAUCAAAUAUUAAUAAUCGAGGACGACGUAAGGGUAGGUGCAUGAUAGCCACUGAUACCCCUGAAAAGGAGGCAAUUGAAGCUGCAAAAAAAGCAAGCACGUUGAAAAAGUCUUCAAAAAAGAUGAUUAAGAAGAAGGUACUACAAGAAAAGGUUAUAAAAACGGUUCCGCAAGAAACAUCAUCAGAUGAGUCAAUUGACCAACAAAUCUCUUCUAGUGAGAGUGAAUACAACAUUGAUGACGAUGAACUCGAAGACUGCAGUGCUGAUACUUUAAGGAAUGUGCCUGAAGGAAGGUUUAUAAUAGUUAAGGUCUAUGGAUGUGGAAAACAAUCAGGUCGUAACUAUGCAGCAAAGGUUGUUAAAAAAGCUGCUGGAGGUUAUAAUGUUGAGUUUUAUAAAAGGAAAAUGCCUUCUAAUCGGUUUGUGCAAACAAAUGAAGAAGAAGCUUUUGUAACCUAUGAGGACAUAGUGCUUGUAUUGCCAGUUCCAUCAGAGGAUAAGAGGCCUCGGUUUCAGGGUAUGAUGUACUUUAAUUGCAAUUUGGAUGAGUUUCAACUGCAAUAAUUUUUUUUUGUAAUUUAAAUAAAAUAUUAUUCAAUUAUACAAGUUUUUAUUUAUGUCCUAAAUCUCCCCUGAAUAUGUCCUAAGUCACCCCAGGUACAGGGAGACUUCGGACACUUGUCACGAUUUUUAAAAACAAUUUUAUACCUAAAAAAUUAAUAUGUAUAAAGUCUUUAUGUUAAAAUAUACUUCAAUAGUUGUGGUUUCAUAAUAGAUAAUGUUAACCUUAGAAAACCUAAUUGUUAUUUAAUAAGACUAAUUUAAAUAAAAAUCGUCCGAAGUCUACCCGGUCUCCCCUACCGAAUGUUUGAAUAUUAUUAUUUUCAUUGCAAGUUAUAAGUAUGUAUUGGGUAAAUAUAUAGUAUGGUUAUUUUCUCAUUCAUUCAAUAGAUCACAUAGAUGUGGUGGCCUCUAUUAGGUACUUGUAUAGAUAAAGUUCUGUGUAAGUUUCAUUCAGCUCUGAUAACCUCUACUUAUAGUAAGCGGUAUCACCUAUUAAGUUGAUAUACCAAUAAUAGUUAUAGCAACUAUGACGUACACCCCUGGUAGUUCAGUGAGCAUAUUUUACUAAGUCGUAAAUACCUAAAGACUGUGAUAUAAUAAAUUUCUCUUUUUGUACUUAUAUCAAUUU